AUGGUGUCCAAUAGCACGCUGGAAGAGGUUUUCAACCAACACUGGAUUCCUCAGGUGGCUGUUGUCACCCACAUCGAUGAGGCUUGUAAAGAAAUUGAUGAGAACCUGAAGAAUGUCUAUAAGAGCAGGUUCCUGAAGACCAAGAUGAUGGAGAUCAGCUCCGGUACUGGUCUUCCUCUGAACUGCAUCUUGCCUGUGAAAAACUACAGCAAAGAAAACAAAAUGCAACCUGACAUCAACGCACUGAUUCUGAGCGCCAUGAGGCAGAUCCUGGAGUUUGGAAAUGACUUUGUCAGGGAAAUGGAAAGAAAUCUUGUUCCAAAACGAAGAGAUGAUUAG